UUUUUCGUCUACCGGAAGUUCUGCUUCUGCCUUGACUACCAUGACACCGGUGGGGUGAGCAGGCAGAAAGACACGCCGAGGGAACUUUUUAGAACUGCAGAAUGGAGGUAUCAAGGAGAAGGGUCCUCCAAAAGCAUCUGGAGCCUGCCAGACCCCUGCGCCGCUUCAUCCAUGUUGACAGUGAGCCCCAAAAAAAUGCUGCAACAUGUGCGCAGGCCCUGAUGGCGGAAGAAGAUCAAGAGACCAAUAUUGGCAUAGAGCAGUUCUACAAGAUUGUCAACCUCGCCAAACAGAAAGAAGGCAGAAUCUCUUACUCAAGAGAUUUUUUAAUUGGUCUGGCAAGUUGUCCCGAGUCCAGGAAGAAGCCGGAGUUCUUGCCGGAGCACCCCAUAGUCUUAACGGAGGCAAGAGAGCUUGGGCACCUAAAGCUUCAUGAAAUGAGGAACAAUGGGGAAAUGGGAGACACGAAGGCGGAAUGGCUUCACUCAUCUUAAGAAAUUUGCACAGGUGUUUAUCACCCCAAAGAGUGUAUCUGGUGUUUUCUUUUCUUAUUGCUUUUCUUGGUGAAUCUAAUUGAAUUUUGCAUGUUUGUUAUUUUGAAUGAGACUGACAACGGUUUGGAGUGAAGUUGCUCAAAGCUAAAAUACGAAACAACACUUAAUUUGCUUAUGUAUGAGUAUUGCAUUUCUGCUUGUUUUCUGCUGUGUAAUAUUUUGGCUAUUUACAGUUUGUAAAAAUAUUUUAAAUAUAAGAUAUUAAUGGCUAUAUGUCAGCUGUGCUGGUAAUGUUUCGUUUGAAGAAACCGGGAAAAAAAAGUAAUUUCAUGCAGACUCAAUCAAAGUCAGAAAACUUGACGGUGAUCAAAAUGAUGUUUGUCAUCAGCUGUAUGAGCUGAGAGUAGAUCAGCGCUGUGAUUUAACGUGUCUUACUAAACAUGUUAACUUCACUUAUAAAGGACAGUCUGGCUCA